AUGGAAUUCCUUGACUGCGACGACUAUCUUUUGCAAUCGUGCUUCUAUCCUAACCCAGAACUCUGCCAGCUCCUCGCCGAGAAGAUGGAAGAAAUACAACGCCUGGCUCUAGGAAGCUUCGCGGACAUAGCUUACGAGCAAAAGAUGAAGUCAUUUGCCGACGAGGCUCCGGCCCAGAUGAUGAAGCAGCACAAAUCGCCGUUCGACUCCAGAGCGAACGUGCCCGUGGCGAGAAGCGGCAAAGCGCAACUUAGGCUCAGACUCGGCGAUUCCGAUGACUCUAGUACUGGCUCUAGUACCGUCGGGUACUGUGAACCUCUCCCAAGCCUUGCGCCUAUACUGUAUCCAACCCAGAAUUCCAAACCCUUCAAUCACCCCGGCUGCUUCAUGUAUUAUCAUACUAUCGCCUCUACAACCUCCAGCGAAACAAUAAUUGCCCGAGAGACCCUGUCUCCUCAGGAUGGUCGCGUGGUUUGCAUGAAGGUAUUCAGGAAGAAGUAUCUUCUUGAACGUAACCUAGUGGCCUACCCUAUUCGGGAACUUCUUGCCUAUAAGCAGCUGGCUUAUGCUCCCAAACAUGACGGCGACGCCUUCGUGAUGAAACUAGAAGGGUGCAUGCAGGACAAGAACCGUCUUUUCUUCGCUAUGCAAUUAAUGCAAUGUGACUUAUCAAACGUUUUGCGCGGAGAGGCGCCUCACAGACCUAUACAAGCUCAGCGGUGGAUCGCUCAAAUUUCCACGGGAAUCACAGCGAUUCAUGCCGCAGGUCUCAUUCACAGAGAUAUCAAACCGGCGAACAUUCUCUUGGACACACGAGAUAACGUCAAGAUUACUGAUUUCGGCUCUUCAUAUAUAGACGCCAAUGGGCACCCCGUGAAUCCCAACACCUCGUAUAGCCACCAUGUAGCGGGCACCCGAGGUUAUAUGGCGCCAGAGAUGAUCUACUGCCAAGGGCCGCCGCAGAAAUACGGUCUCCAAGUCGAUUACUGGAGCCUAGGAUGUGUGGCAUUCCAACUCGAAAUGGGCUCGCCCAAGUCGCCGUUCCCUACUUGCAAAGACCUCGAUCGCUAUUUGGCCUGGGAUUCGGACCUACUCGCCGGGCGUUCCUACUUUUCUUACGCGGGGAUGGACGAUGAUGCUGGGACUGUGAUAGCUGGGUUAUUGCAUCCGGAUCCCAGCCAUCGGUACAAUGUAACGGACCUUUUGAACCAACCUUACUUUCACAACAUACAAGGUAUAUCUUAUUUUGUCGACAUCGAAAACAAAGUACUUACAACAUGGUUUAUUCCAGCCCGUGCUCGACCGUCAAUUCCGCUCCAUCACGACUUCGACGAAUACUACCACGAGGCGUUGGUCCCCCCAGAACUUUUCCAACCGCAGUGGGAAAGCACCGACCAAGGACAGAGGUCCGGUCAAUACCCAUUUGAGUAUUUCGGUUGGGUGCAUCCUCAGGGACUGUGGUCUCACGCACGAAGCCCUUUCCACACUAAUGGCUGA